AUGGCGAGCCAACAGGCGACCGACGAGAAGCGCCAGAAGACCGACACUCCUCCGGGCGCUACAGAAAGGCCCCAACAGACGGACCCCGGGCACAUUGGCACCCAAGAACAGGGCCUGCGGCGCAAGCAGCUCCCCGAGAGCUUCGCAUCCCACGGGGAAGGGCCCCGGGCGAAGGAGGCGCGCGCGCACACUUUGGGCGGCAUGGAGCAGCUACGCGAGGAGAGCGCGCCCACGAUCGCCACGUCAGCGGGGCGUCAGCAGGCUGAGGUGGGCGAGUCGGACGAGGACGCGCGCGCGCGCUUCCAGGAGCACCGGGCGCAGAAGCGGCGGGGGGGCAAGCCGCAGGCGCCGCUGUCCCCCCGUAGGGGGCCCAGCCUGUCCGAGGAGCUACACAAGGAGUUCGCCAAGCGCGGAGAGGACAGCGUCACCAUCGGAGAGGCGCUCGAGGCCGCGGGCCACGCGCGCGGAGACAAGCCCGUCGACGCGAGCGACGCGAGCGCCAUCCAGAGCGCAGUGGCAAGGGCGACCUCGGGAGUCCAGAUCAGCAGUGAUCUGGCCGCCGAAGCAGAAAAGGCGGCGACCGAGAACGAGCGGAAGCUGAUCUUUGAGACGGACGGAACGGUGACAUACGAGGGGACGCCCCACAGACUAGGGGAGGUUCUCAAGGACGCGGCCCGGCGGCUGCCGAUGGACAAGCCCGCGACGGGCGAAGACGCGCGGCGCGUGCAGAGCGCGGAGCAGCGCAACGAUCCGUUCCACGUGUCGCACGCGCGCGGCAUCGCGGCGCACAUGCAGGCGGCCGCGGCGUUCAACGAGGCCGCGGAGCGCGUCGCGGCGCACGAGCCGCGCUACCCGCACGGGUACAAGCCAGCACUUGACGACCCCGUGCUGAUUGGGGAGGCGCUCGAGGUGGCGGGCCACGCGCGCGCGGACAAGCCGGUCGACCCGGGGGACGCGCGCGCAGCUCAGGCCGCGGUCACGCGCGCGACGGGCGACCGCACGGGGGGCCCUCUGGGCGCCGAGGCGCAGCUGCUCGCGGCGCUAAACCUCCGGGACGAGCAGGUGCGCGAGCGGCGCGAGCGCGCGGCCGCGCAGGCGGCACACGAGAUGGAGCUGGGGCACGUGCCGCCCCAGCCCGCCCGGGAAACUCGACCGGGGUCGCCGCGCAAGGGAGCUGCGCGCGCGCCGGAGGCGCACACUCUGGGGCAGCUUCUGCAGGCGAGCGGAGCGCGGGUUUUGGCGGUCAUAUUCUUCCCGCUCGCGCAGCAUGCGUCCGAGGCGCUGUCUGCGGACAAGGUGGUGACGCGCGAGGACGCCCGCAAGGUGACUCGCGCCGAAGCGCGCGGCGACCCCGAGCACCAUAACGUGCGGAGGGGAGUCGCCGCGCAAAUGCAGGCGGCCGCGCGGCUGAACGAGCCGCAGUAG